GUCUAAUUUUUUAUGCAUUUUGGUCAGAAUGUUUCUUUUUAAAUUUCAAUCUGAAUUUUACACGUUUCCCUGAAUUUAUCGUCGCCAGAUGAAUAUUGAAGAGUUGCGGUUCAAAAUGAUGUUAACAAAAGAUUUUUCCAUAUACCAGCCGGAUAUAAUAGACAUCUACCUACUUCUGCCGAUACUCGGUGUCAGCCUCACGUUCUCCACGUUCUUCUGGAAGUCGUUGUACAUUCUCCUCAAAUACUACAACAAAUACCCGCAGGAUGUCGUUCUACACAUAUGCUCCCUUCUCCACACCAUGCUGUGCGUCGGGGCAAUUUGUUUCUUUGGAGACAUACACCGGAACGUCCUGCAGACGUCGAUAUUGAACACGUGGACCCAGAACUCCAUUCUUAUAUUUUCUAUAGGGUUUUUCAUACACGAUUUCGUCUAUUGGGAAUACGAGGACCACAGGGAUAUAGUAAUGCUGUUACAUCACGUUGCGUCUGUGAUUAGUCUCUUGUACCCGCUCAUCACGGGGACUCACGCCGCAGUCUGCUUCGUUUUCAUGUGGACGUACGAAUCCUCCAACGUCUACUUGCAUUUUAGGUAUUUAAUGAAGAGGUACGGCUUCAAUAAGAAAAACGAGAGGCUGUUCAAUUUGAACGAGAUGUGCUUCGUCAUCGCAUUUGUAACGCAGAGAUUCUUCAUCGGUGCUCAUUUCACUUAUCUUUUGUUAGUGGAUCAAAAGGUAUCGAACGAGUUUAUAAAAGUGAUGGCCAUCAUCUUGAAUAUAUUGAGUCUAGCGUUUUAUGACGCCAUUUACAUAAUGGUCCGGCGAAAACACCCUGUUACAGGCUCAUUAGUUGCAAAACUGCUAGGAAGUGACCUCUAUUAAGAGUUUAUAAAAUGAGAUAAUUGUGGUUAUUACGAAGGCUGUGUUAACACAUCUGAGACACUCCCACACGCAAUUAAAUUUGAAAAAAUUCACAACAAUCCACAACCAAAUAAAAUUGUUCGUUAAAUAAAACCUUAUUCGCUUACGGGGAAUGGCUCAGAAAAGAAGUAUCAAAUGGGGUGUAGUAGGCAAUCAAUUUUCCUUUGAAAAAAGAAGGGGUUUGUAUCAAAGUAAAGGAUCAAACGAUCAGUGAAAUUCAAUGCCGAUACGGAUCUACAAGAAAAGAGCAUAACCUUCUGCGCCGGAGAAAAAGGUUUUAUUUGUUUAUUGAAGUUCAUACAGGAUCAAAACGUACAUAGAAAUCACAGGCACAACAGCAUCAAAUAUAAGUAAACAAGACUUUUUACGAAUAUAUAUUCCCGAUGUUCAAAUUUCAAAAGUAAUCUCUAUAUUUUUUGAUCCUUUAUGGAAUUUAUUAAAGCAAAAAAAUACUCGACUAAUUCAACCAUAUUAUAAGAAAGUUAGAAGGUAGAUAUAAAAAAUUUUAUGUUUCAUAAAGAAAAAACUUAAUCAGCAGUAUCAGAUUUUUUGCCCACGAACAAUGUAACGGACAACAGUUUACCUUUAAUUAUAAAAUAAAUAAACGAGGGGUUUUUUGCGAUGAAGACCUAGAUGCUUGUUUUUCUCAACAAUAAAAAAUGAUAGCAUAAAUCCGUUGGAAAAAUAGUUGUCGGAAUGGGGGGAGAGGAGCUUUCAACCGCACGCUACAGCACUGUUUUACAGCUAAAUAGUGUAG